AAGCAUGGAUACCAUUCGUUCUGUUUUAAAGCGUGGUCAACGCACGGUAUCGGGUGUUGUGGGCGCUAGGGGCGCCAGUUCGUUGAUCUCCAAGCGUUCCGUGGCUUCGGAGAGUGUCUGCAGGGAGGUUCAUGGCGACUAUGUGCUUAAACCGGUCCCUGGAGAGGCAAGUAAAUACUACCUGAGCUUUUCUAAGGACAAGAUGGAGUCACUUAAGGAAUUGUCCUUCAUUGACUUUACUAAGGACAAUGUGGUCAACAAGGGCGAGUUUCUCCUUAGCAUGGAAUCAGCUAAGACAAUGUUUGAUUUCAUGUCACCCGCUACGCUAAAAAUCAUUAAACGCAACAAGAAGUUCGCCGAUAGGCCGUCGGAGGAUGUACUCAAGGAGCUUAAGGAGGACCCCGAACUAGAUGAAAACUACUUGAUGGUAGUCGAGCUCCAGUAAAUGGAUUAACUAUUCUAUCCUAUAUUAUCUAAUAUGCCAUUGUGUUACUAUUGAAUCCGGUGCGGGAUCGUAGAUUAAUUCCCCGGAACCAUCGUUUAAUGGCUUUCAAAUUCAAGUCAACUCCCUUGGAUCGCGUUUGU